AUGUUGAACAAAGAUAUCGGACAAACACAGAAUGCCGAGUACCAGCCGCCUGCUGGACUCGUUUCCUAUCCGCCAGCGUCAUGCCUACCCUAUGCAGAGUUGAUGCGCUUGGACAGACCCGCCGGAUUCUAUGCCCUCUAUGUUCCCUGCCUUUUCGGUGUAUUCUACGCCGCAAUUGCGAGCUUUAUUCAAGCUUCUCUUGGGAUGGGUAUCGACCGCACUGUCACUCUACUAUUUUUCUGCCUUCUCGCGCGCGGAGCAGCUUGCACUUGGAAUGACACCGUCUACCGAGAUUUCGACAAGAAGGUAGCCAGGUGCCGAGUCCGGCUGAUCGCUCGGGGUGACGUCUCACUCUCUCAAGCUUAUGUAUGGGCAAUUGUCCAGACAUUGGCUAUCAUCGGAAUUGACGUUGCAGAUGACGUUCAUGCAGGCGUCAAAAGCAUGGCUGUGAAGUUCCAAGAUUCGACAAAACUACUUACCUCACUCCUUGCCUGUGUGAUGACCGCCUUGUUGGCUAUGACAGGAAUUCGAAUUCUGGUCAAGUUAGGACCGAUGUACUAUGUUUCCGCGGUGGGAGAAUCUGCAGCCAGUCUGGCUGCAACCAUUUCAAUGGUCAACCUGGCAGACUCCCGUAGCUGUGGGUGGUGGUUCAGCUAG